AUGCACAUGCCUUCCCUCUCAAACUGGGCCACAGCAGCCCUCCAGGCCCUUCUUCUGUGUUCUUCCAAUCUUCCUGUAGCUACCUCCUCACCAUCUCCCCCAGAACUAUCAUUUCUAUACACAGCGUAUGUCGAGUGCGAAUCAAGUCUCAUGAACUCGCCGGGACCCCACGGGGUGCGACGUACAAUCCCAAUCGUGGGCGGAAACUUCACCGGUCCUAAUUUAUCCGGAAAAAUCCUCGACGUCGGCGCCGACUGGGGCCUAGUCGAUCCUCAAACUGGCAUCUUCACUGCAGACACGCGAUACAACUUCCGGACCGAUGAUGGCGAAAAUAUCUUCCUCCAGACAUCUGGUCCGAAGUCUCCUAGUGGACAGCUACAUCUUCGCCUAGUGUUUGAGACGGGAAGUCGAAAGUACUACUGGUUGAACAAUGUUGUUGCUAUUGGAAUACUUACCAAUGUGGCGGAGACAGCUAAUACCAGUCUUCUCAGGAUUGAUGCCUGGAAUAUGGCUACGGAUUGGAAUUCAACGAGUUUCGUGAACCCGACUACUACAACUGACUGA